AUGGAGCAGACCCUGACUACGUCAAAGCAAGAGAAUGCGCCAACUUCCACGGAAGUAAGCGAUGAUUCGGACAAUGCAGUGGAUUUGAACAACUCCAAUGAUUCCAAUGGGCGCGUCUCUGUCCAUGCCCGUCGCAAGCGGGAGAAACAGCAGUGGAGACGCAAGAGGGCUCCGCUACCAUGCAAAAAUAAAGUAGCAGUGAAUAAGGACCUCUUCACAGCGGGCGGUGGGCUUUGCGUCUACCAGGAAGGGUCUGUGGUAACAGCCCUUCGGAACUGCGCUGGGGCCUUAUCGGACCUGACUGAGGUGGGCGUGUCAGGACCCUUUGGAGGACACGUGGACAAGCCGGGAGUGAAGGUAGAGAAGGAAGUCGGGGCAAGUCCCUUAGAGGAGGAGAAGCCGAAGGAGGAGAAAGCACCCGUGGUUAAAAAAGCCGUUGAGGAGGAAAAGCCUGACGUCGAGAAGGAGCCAUCGAAAGUAAAAGCCGUUACAAAGGAGAAGAGAAAAGCCAAGAAGAGAGACAACAAAGCCAAAGCUAGGCAGGCAAGUCAGUCACCCAAGAAGGAAAGCCAAAGUCAAAAAAAGGAGGACAGGCCUGAUCGGGGAGAAGCCCUGAGAUCAUCUGGCAGCAAGAGGCCAGCCGAGGAUCGAGAGAGGUCAAGGACGCCCAAGAGAAGCCGAGAAACAAGGGAGGAAACAAGGAAGAAAGACCGUCGAGAAGGUAAGAAACGCGAGGAGGACAUAGACAGGGAAGUUCGUCGAGACCCCGCCAGGUUCGGGUUGGAACACGUCCCCAUCCGAGGAAGUGCAGGGAGGAGCCAACAAGGAGGUGUUAUCCCAGCCGGUGCACGGCGCCCAGCUGAACCUCUUGGGCCCCCACCGGAACGAUACGAGGGAAGCCAGCGAGGAAAUUACGACAGAAUCUACAGAGAUCGCCAGACGGGGCAGAAGCCCCCUAGGACGGAGAAAGGGCUGGUCGUGGAGGAAGCCAAAUACUCCCACAAAGACUGCAAGUUGGCUGGACAGGUGGUAGGGACCACGAUCACCGAUGGCAGGGUCGAGCUGAGGAUGCAACCCACCGGCACGACAGACGAAGGGCUGUUGAAGCUUCAGAGUGGACAGCCCAACUUGGAGUUGCGAUUGGUGAUGUGCCCGAGCGAUUGCAACCACGAGGAAACAGCGGAGGAUCUGGUCCACGCCUUGAGGUUGAGGAAGAGGAGGCCUCCCGAACGAGAGGAAGCGUGGAUCAACAACUUGGAGAAGGUUGCUCCGAGGGAAGAUGGCGACGAGCUGGCGAGGCUCCGAGCUCAUAUGGGGAUGGAUGCAACCCAUGGGCAGCCUCCAGCACCGCCAGACAAGGAUCAGGAGGUGAAGAAGAAGACAAAGAAGGAGAAAGACAAAAGAGAAAGAAAGAAGAAGUCCAAGGAGAAAUCCAGAAGGAGGAGUAUAAGCAGUUCAGAGGCUGCUUCGGGGAAAGUAGCCCUGGACGGCAGCAGGCCCCGGUUGGCGGCGGAAAAGACGCCAGGGGCUCUCUACAAAGGUACGGGGCUGGAUCCCUUGGAGAAGAUCAGAAACAGAGUGGCGAAGAUGGCACGCCGCUAUGUGAAAAAGAAAGGACGGAAAUCGACCAGCAGUUCCGCGUCAUCCAGCAGCAGCUUAAAAGGAGGCCGCUCAGGAGAAGAGGGAGACACGAUCUUCACUCAGGCCGCCAGAGUGCGGGGGAUUGCCGAGGCGUACCCAGGGGUACUGGCAAAUCAAGCCCUGGGACAAAUGCGGUCAAACCUCCUUCAAAGCUGGGGAGAAGAAGAGAGGACAGCGGGAGUGCCCGCCAUCGCCGUCCAGUACUUCCGACAGGUGCUCCAGAAGAAAGCUACGGGUGCAGUAGCCAGGGAGCUGUUGACCCUGUGCGCAACGGCCGAUCUCUUGAUCAAGGCCAAGCCGUCACAGUUAGAACUGCUACCGCCGGAACAGAGCAGUCUGACGGAUGCGGCAGAAAUGAAAGAGGCUCAGAAGGUGGCGAUGGAAGAGUCAAAGACGCGCUGGAUGGCCUCGCAACCGGACGGCAGGGUGCAGUCGUCUCAGAAGGGAGGAGGAAAAGGAAAACCAGGUGGCAAGGACGACUAUCGACGUGGAGGAAAUGGUCCGAAAGGAGGAAAGCCCAAGGGCGAUGGAAAGAAGAAGGAGGCGGAGAAAAAGCUGAAGCCCUCGUGUCGGAGCCAGACGGCUGAAAAAGUUUCCUAUGAGGCUCCUUCGCAAUCAGUGCAUGCGGCAGCCCCGCCCUUUGAAGACGCUCUGGAGUUAAAGGACCCUAGUGGCGGCCUAGUCGAACCGGGUGACUACUCGGGAUCAGACCGCCGUGGGGCAGGAAAAGAAUUAGAGCAGCGAGUUUUUGAAGGGCUUCCGUUGGGAUGGUGUGGAGGUGCUCUACUCGAUUUUGAUCCUAACUUGCUCGAAUUUGAGGUUUUUUGGUACUUGUCAGUUUGUUUUAGUUUGAACUCGUUGUGGGGUGGUCCUUUGUACAAUGAGAGUUUGGUAAAUGAGAUACAGCAGGGCUGCCUGCACGAGAUAUUGAAGGAUGUGAAACGCUUUGUGGCGAUUCGAGAUGUUGUACCUUCGGUGAAUUGGGUUGAUUUCUUUUCAGUCAAGUCUAUAGACUACAAGGGGGACGAGGUUAAAAUAGCUCAGUGGUUUUCCUGGUGUAAUGUGGAGCCAGCGCUGCCCACAGAGGUGGGGAAUGUGCCUCCUCACGAUGUUUGUACUCGUGGGGCCCGUGACUACGUCCUUAAUUUUGACCAUUACCUCAAGCCCUCUUCUGAAUGGAAAAUUGCACGACCUCCGAAGGUCAUGGUGAAAGACGAAGACUGGCCGGCCGUGUGCCAUGGGCUCGUUACCUCCGGGGUAUGUGUAUACAUCCCUGAGGAGGAAGUCUUUCACACUGACUCGGGGCCAUUGCUAAAUGGAAUGUUCGGGGUUCGCAAAAAUGAAGUCUCCGACCAGGGACACCAAAUCUUUCGAUUAAUUAUGAAUUUAAUUCCGUUGAAUGGCUUGUACAAAUCCCUUUCUGGUGACGUAGAUACGCUCCCGGCAUGGAGCAGCAUGAACCCGUUCUUUUUACAGCCGUGUGAGCAACUCCUUAUCACUAGCGAGGAUGUGAAAUGCUUCUUCUACACGAUGUCGGUGCCCCACUGCUGGACCAAGUUCCUUGCUUUCAACAAGGAAGUACCUGAUGUGGUGCUCCCGGCCGAGUGGAAAGGUAGAAGGAUGUACUUGGCCAGCCGAGUUUUGCCCAUGGGAUUUCUAAACUUCGUGAGCCUGGCUCAGCAUGUUCACAGGAAUUUGGUGAAGUGGAGUGGGUCGCUUGAGGCCAACGUCGAGGCCGGGGUAAAUGCCCCUGAAGCUGAAUUAAGGAAGGAUCGGGAGUUUAGCAGCCAUGCAAUGAAUUGGUGCGUCUACUUAGACAACUAUGAUUUCUUGGAAAAAGUGAAGUGUACAGAGGUGGAUAGCUUGCGGGGCAGCGGUGCUCCCGGGGUUUUGGCCCUGAGAAACGAAUAUGUGCGAUGGGGAGUGCCACGCAAUCUCAAAAAGACUGUGGAAAGAUCCUCUCACUGUGAACUUCAAGGAGCUACGGUGGAUGGAGAACUUGGUGUAGCCUUUCCGCGGGAAAACAAGUUGGUAAAGUAUUUUUCCAUGGCUCUGGACCUUUGUCAACAAGAAUACAUUACGCAAAAACAGUGGCAGGUCGUCUGUGGGGGCUCACUGAACCAAGUCUGGCAGCACAUCCUGGAGUAUGACCGGAGGCAGAAGAGGUAUCUGAAAGCUUCAUUGGAAUGCCGACUGGAGGUCUAUCGUUUGUGUGCAAGUGUUGCGCUGACUCCGUUGGGGAGUUUGGUCUCGGAGGGUUCACUGCGGGGCGAUGUACCAUCGUCUACGGGCGAGCGUGCCGUCGAGGUUGUGGAAAUGGCAGACAAUUUCAGGAUGGAAGUGGAAGCACCGGUCCGAACACAUUAA